AUACUUUUGAUUAUAUGAGAGAUAGUCGAGAUAGAAGCAAUACUUAGGUUGAUUAUAGUGGAUAUGAAGACAUUUUGAAAAAAUACAGGAACCAACCUUAGAAUUCUGUAACAUCAACUUAGUUAGAAUCUAUAUAAGAAGAUGAGGUUCCAUCCAAUUUUUCAAUUGAUGAAAUGGAGAAAGAUACUCAAAAAAAUUAGCAUCUUAGAAAAUCUAAUGACAUUGAUUUUGUUAAUUAGAAUGAUUGUAAUCAUAUAUCUUUAUUUAGCAAUCUUUUAAUGUAUUCUUAGUGAUGAUAAAUUAAAAGAAAUAAAAUAAGGAAAAAAUGAAUGUUGUAUAUGUCAUAAAAGUGGAUCACUUAUUCAUAAGUUAAAACAAUGUAAUUUUUGUGGAAAUGUCAUAUGUAAAGAACAUGGAAGAAAGAAAAGAAAAGAUCCUAACAAUAGUACAAAAUUUAAGAGAUUAUGUGAUAUUUGUGAAGAUAAAUAUAUUAGAUUGAGUGUUGAAACUACUUUCAAAUAAAAAAGAGAUUAUUUAGCUCAAUAAGCAUAAGACUUAGAUUCCUAGUCACAAAAACUAUUAAAUGAUAUCAGAAUAUUAUAAAUUUAAGUUUCUGAUAUAUAAUAAAAAAGUGUCAAAUAAUAAGGUGAAUACAAACAAAUAUAAAAUGAACUCAUCUUUAAGAUUUAAAAAUUAGAUAAUGAAACUAAAGCUUAUUAAGAAGAAAAUUUAAAAUUGAAAUCAACUAUAUCAUCUAUCUAAAAAGAAUUAUAAUUAUUAAAUGAUAAACUCAAUGAAAAAAAUUUAGAUGCUCUAAAGAGAUAGUCUUUAUUAAAUCAAAUUGAUCAAGAAAUACAAUCAAAUGAUAUUGAAUGUUAAAAACAAAUGAUAGAAAUUGAAAAGUUAUAAUUGGAUAUUCAAUCUAAAAAAUAAAAAGAUUAAUAACAAAGAUCAUAAAAGAAAGUUUAACUUCAAAAAUAAGAAAUAAAUAAUUAUUAACAAUAUAUUUUAACUGAUGAAUAACCAACUAUUCAAUAAUUUAAUCCUUAUUCAAAUGAUGAUAACAAUUUAAAUAUCAAUAACAAUUAAAAUACUGAACAUGAAACUCAAAAUUCAAAAAAGAAAUCUAAAGAAGCAUCUUAAGAUAGAGAAGAAGAUAAUUGUUGUAUAAUAAUGUGA